AUGUCGCCAGCUUUGCCGCAAUACUGGUGGAUUCUCGCCAUCACCACCGUCGCGUUCUGCCUGAGCGCCUUCGGCAAUGGCGCCAACGACGUUGCCAACGCGUUCGCCACCUCUGUGGCCGCGCGAACCCUCACCAUGGCCCAGGCCGGUGUCAUCUCUGUCAUUGCAGAAUUCCUCGGCGCCGUUGUGCUCGGCUCUCGCGUCACCAACACAAUCAAAAACGGCAUCAUUGGCUUAGACCGCUUCCGGGACAACCCUGCUACCCUUCUCGUCGCUAUGGGUAGUGCCGAGAUCGCCUCUGCCACCUGGCUCUUGGUCGCAACGAAGAUCGGCUUCCCGGUAUCCACUACACAUACUAUCGUCGGCGCCCUCGUCGGCGCUGGUAUCGGCGCCCAGUCCGCCGUCACUUGGGAGUGGAAGAAAGGCAGUGUCUCCCAGAUUGCCGCCUCUUGGCUCAUCUCCCCAUUGAUUGCCGCCGCCUUCUCUGCGAUCUUGUUUGGGACCCUUAAGUUUUGCGUACUUGAGCGGAAAGACGCCUUCAAAAAGGCACUCAGGGCUAUUCCGUUCUACCUUGCCUUUACCGGCGCCAUCCUCGCUCUCUUCAUUACCAUUGAGGCACCUGGCGCCCCAAGUCUGGAAGAACUUGGCGUUGGCGUGGCUUGCGGCAUCGUGUUUGGGGCCUUCUUCGGUGUCCUCGCCCUCUCUUAUCUCUUCUUCAUGCCAUACUUCCACCGUGUUGUCGUCCUCGAGGACGAUCGUAUGCGUCCUUGGCAUCUUCCUCUCGGACCUCUAUUGUGGAGAGAGAACCCGCCCCUGUAUUUCCCCGGAAAGACGACCAUGCUCGUCGACCACUACGAGAGCGCCCACAACAAGGAGACUGCCACUGGAACCCAGCCGUCAGCCAGCAGUCAGAAAGCCUCGGCUACGGAUGCAGAGACGAACCUCCCCAACUCUCAAGGCCCUAAGGACGUCGAAACAGAAGGCCAAGUCACGCGAGAUAUCGAGCGACAGCCCGAAGAGCCCGCCGUGCGCCGCGCGCCGCGCAAGCCGGAGCCCGAAGAACGCUUCCUCGCUCCUACGGCCCAUCUCCCUUUCUACCACCCACGCAGGAUGAAGAGCCUUAUCCUGUACUUUCUGCUUCAGGGCGUCACGCGUGACUGCGUCAUUCACGACUCCCUCCAUCUCGAGAACGUCCAUGGCAGGGCCCCGCGCUACGACAAUCGCAUAGAACAUCUUUGGACAUACGCUCAAGUUGCUAGUGCAGUCAUGAUGUCUAUCUCUCACGGCUCCAACGACGUUGCAAACGCUGUCGGCCCUUGGGUGGCUGUCUAUGAGACGUACAACUCGGGCAAAGUUGGGGAGGAGAACCCUACGCCCGUCUGGAUCCUUGCCAUUGCCGGUCUCCUCCUUGGUGCAGGUUUUUGGUUCAUGGGUCACCACAUUGUCAAGGCGCUCGGCAACAAAAUCACGCAACUAAGCCCAACCAGGGGCUACGCCAUGGAGCUUGGAGCGGCCAUUACGGUCUUGCUCGCCAGUCGGCUAGGGUUGCCCGUGAGCACUACCCAAACACUGACCGGUGCCGUGGUUGGUGUUUCCUUGAUGAACUUGGACUUUGGUGCCACCAACUGGAAGCAACUCGGGUUCAUCUUCAUUGGCUGGGUCCUCACGCUUCCGUGUGUGGCCACGCUGGCUGGCGUGCUCACCGCCAUGAGCCUCAGUUCGCCUUCGUUCAACUGA